AGUAUGGUAAACCCUCAACGACUUACAAAUGGGAUGAUUUAGAUAGAUGUUUUAUUGAAGAAAACAAGACAGAAUCUUCAGCAUCACAACAAUAUAAUAAACAUUAUCUUAAUGAAGAAAAUUACUUUGAUGAAAAUCAUUAUGAUAAAACAACAUUCUAUCCCAAGUUUUUCUCUGAAAACACUCGAUCUGCUUCAAUUAUUUUGGAAACUGUUGAGAAGUUGAAAAAUAAAAAACUUGUAGAUUCAGCAUUCAAUCAUUUAAUAAAUGAAUUUCCUGCUAAACGUCUAUUAAAAUAUGAAAAAUCAAAAGAAUUUGUUUCUUUAAGUAAGAAUCAAAAAAGAUGUAUUAAAUUUACUAUUAAUGAAAUGUUAAGGAUGGAAUUAUCUCAAGAGGAAAAGAAGUUAUCAUUACCUGUUAAAGUUUAUAUAACAAGAGGAAUACUUCCUAGUUUACCAAAUGGUAUUAAAAGUUAUACAGAAUUUCAAAAUACUAAUAAUUAUAAAUUAUUGUCUGAUUUGAAAAAGAAGAGAAUUAAUAAAAUAGCUUUAGCAGAAUAA